CACGGGGGGGGGACCCUGGACUACAUCCAUUCUUAUUUACCUCCUUUUCGUCCUGCCAAGGUUCGGAAUUAGCUAUUUAAAGACUCCCACCCCACGUAACACGGAUGCGGAGAUUGUGAUCGCGCUCCCCCGGCGAUGAGCAGAGACGGCUCUCGGGCCAGCGGAGGAGAGGCGGUCUGCGGAUGAGCUCCGCCGGUUUCAUGGCGUCCCCCGUGGAUCGCGAAGCCCGUGCGACCGGCCCUGGCGAGGGGGCAGCGGGGGCAUUGCCUGGGGCUCGGCCUCCUCUCCGGCCCCAUCCGCCGGCCGCGACGAUGGAAGCCGCCUCCCCCGGGCCUCUGAUGGUGGAGUCGGUGGACGAUGCGGAGGGGCUGUACGUGGCCGUGGAGCGGUGUCCCCUGUGCAACACUGCCCGCCGCAGGCUCACCUGUGCCCGCUGCAUCCAGGCGGGCGACUUCGUGCACUUUGAUGGGAAAAAACCCGAACGGUAUUCAGAUAAACUAGAGAGACUGAAACAGCUAAAGAAUAAGAAGGAAGAGCUCCAGCAGAGACUUAUUAAAGCCAUGGACAAGAAGGUUCAAGCUGACCAGCUAAAGUGGAAGAUCAUGUCUUGUAAAGUGCGAAUCGAGCAGCUGAAAGAAGCGAUUUGCUGUGGAAACGAAGAGGUGAAAAAUGGCACAGAGCAGCUGCUGCGGGCCCAGGAGGACAGCCAGCGCCUGUGCCGGCGAGCCCACCGGCACCAGGACAAGAAGGAGAAGAUCGAGAGGCACAACCGCCGCCUCGGGGAGCUGCUGGAGAAACGGGGGAAGGAGCUGCUGGCCCGGCUGGGGCAGCUGGCGGGGUUUCGCUGCGGCCACAUCCUGGAGCUGACUGCGCACAUCUUCCCCAUGCAGGAGGAGAAGCAGGGCGCGAGGGACCCUGCUGACGUGGUGGCCGAGUGGGACCUGGCGCUGACCUCCAGCACGGUCAGCGAGCUGGCUGAGGCCCGUCGCACGACCUACUUGUCCGGGCGCUGGGUCUGGGACGACCAGAAUGGGGAGACGAGCAUCAGCAUCACCGGGCCCUGGAUCACCUUGCCCAGCAACGGGGACUACUCUGCGUAUUAUAACUGGGUAGAGGAGAAGAGAGCCACCCAGGGACCUGAGACCGAUCACAUCAACCCUGCCCACACCAUCAGUGCUGCUCUUUGCUAUGCAACUCAGCUGGUCAACAUCCUGUCGCACAUUCUGGAUGUCAACCUUCCCAAGAAACUCUGCAACAGUGAGUUCUGUGGUGAGAAUCUGAGCAGAUACAGAUUCAUUCGGGGUGUGAACAAGCUGAAUACCAACAUCUUGCACCUCUGCUUUUCUCAGCACGUGGAAAGUGAGCUUCUGCACCCUCACCACACGCUGAGGAACAUCAUGUUCCUGGUGAGUCCAGACAACAGGAACCUGGGCAGGACGGGUCCUUUCGAGAUCACUGCUGACCUGGAAGACUCGAUGGAGAUUGUGGAGCCCAGUGCAGCGGGCCCGGCGGAGGACAGCGGGGACGAGGCGGUGACCGACGAGGAGACGGACCUGGGGACCGACUGGGAAACCGUGCCCAGCCCUCGCUUCUGCGACAUCCCCUCGCAGCCCAUGGAGCUGUCCCAGAGCGCCGCCCUGCAGGCCUCCCAGCCGGCCGGCGGCGGCGGCAGCGCCGGGGGCAUGAUCUCCUCGGCCGCCGCCUCCGUCACCUCCUGGUUCAGGUCCUACACGGGCCAGCGCUGAGGCCACGCCGCAGGGCCCUCUUUCAGUCGCCGCGGCGGGGGGGGGGGUCGGCUUUAUAAACGAACCAUUUGAAAACGUUCUUUUUCCUCGCUCCUCGACUUCGAAAGACCAAACCUAAAACCCAGUUUUCUGGCCAGUUUGAGCCGUUACUGAGGCUAAGAAGCUGGACUGCAAACGACCAGAAGACUGCCCCCUUCUGAUGGUGCUGGGAUAUUCAUUUUUAACACAGAUUACCUCUGCAGAACUAAGUGAAGUUUGCAGAGGGACAACGCUAAUCCCCAAGUCAAUGUAAGUUUUAUUGGCAAUACACUCUACCCCCCCAACACUUUCUUCAUAACAACUAAUUCUUCCAUUUCUGGUACUUCUCAGUGUUCUCCAAAGGCACUGUCAGUAACAUACUGCCUGGAAAGAGGAGAGACCAGCUUUGGGAUGCAGGCUCAUUUGGUCCUAGAAUUCAUUCUGCAGCAUGGGUACAAUGGGUAAAGAGGAGAACCUCUGGAAGAAAGACUACUGCAUCGACUACAGAGUUCACAUUAGUACAUGCAUAUGGGAUGUUGUAACAAAAGCCAUGAGGCUAGUGCUUUUAACCUCUACACUUAUGUAGAGCGCAUGGCAAUAACAUUUAUUAACAAAUAUGGCUGGCAUUGUGGAUGAAGCCAGUUUACAACACAAAGGUACAGGUGAACCUACUGCAAACAUCUGCAAUACUCAUCCGAUAUAUUUUUAGUAGAGAACUGGGAGAAGCAUUUUUUUCUUCACUUUUGGCAUAUUUAUCAUGGAUGACUACUAUGGACUGUUUUGGAACAUUUUAAGCAGUGGUUGGUGGCCAUGCUGUUCUUGCUGGGAAGCACUGACAAUGGAUUGACUUGAGUUCAUUUUGGAUUACUCUGCAUAGAUGCCCGUUUAGGUCGUUCCCAUUAUAUAAAAAAAAAAUGGAUUGCUUUCAAUUUGCACCUUAUACAUUUACAUCUCUAGAAGAAACAAAAAUAACCUAGGAUAGGUAAAAAAUGAAUGUCACUUCGAUUGAAGAUUUGCAAGAGGGACAAAUUAAUUCAAAUAAUGCACCCAAGUACCCAUUUUGGAAAAUGUGUCAAAUCAUUGUAAUAGCAGCACAACUUUACAAGGAUCUGCUGUCUGCCGCAUGUCCUAAAAGUGGUUUUAAAAGUUGGUAACAUGGGUAAAAAAGUUAAUACUGAGCAUACCAGAUCAAACUGUGAUUUGCAAGAACAUUUUAGCUGGAGCUGCAGGACUACUGCAAUUUUAGAUGCAGGAAAAUGUCAUUUCAAAGGGGAAUAUGUGAAAUUGGAAGUAGAUUGCUGAAGGAAAUCCUAUUUUGUUCACUUGGUUUGAAUAAUGCAUUAUGACACUGAUGAGAUUUUAAGUAGCCAUGUUUCCAGAUAAAAAUGACAUUUUAUUACAAUAUUGUAUAGUUCUUAUGCAAUUGAUUCUUGGUUGCCAUAAAAAUUAUUUGAAACUGCUAAA